ACCAGAAGAGGAAAAGACUUCACUGAAAGUGUCCCCUAUUUUACAUUCCCAAAAUCCCCGCCCCUCUUCCCCUGUGCGGCUCCUGCGGCCGUGCAUACCGGACCCCACCCCUAUUGUUGAGGUUGGUUGGUUGAGAGUGGCUCUUCCUGUUGCAGAGUGGUUGGGGCUAAGCGACGUGGACCAGCGCCUCUAUGCAUUGGAGCACCUGGAGGAACUGGUGACGCUACAGGACCAGGAGGAGACCCCCACCGUACUCCUUGGAGACACCCAUCUCGGUACCUGUCCCCCCCCCCAACAGCGGCAGCACCAUGAGCAGCAGAACCUAGUCAGAGCGGUGCCGGAGGAGCGCGGUGAGAACAGCCACACAGGGAACAUCGACCGCGGGCGCAGCUCAUCCUUCCAUGAGGUGCGUGGUCUUCGGGAAACUGAAAUGAGGCCGGUGGCCGACGAAACGUCCAGCAGCAGCAGCAGCAGCAGCAACAACACCGUCCUGCAGCGACUCCUACAGGAGCAGAUGCGCUAUGGUGAGGGACGCAACUACCAGCUGGCCAUGCAGCAACAGCAGCAACAUCAACAACAACAGCAGCAGCAGAGGCAGCAGCAGGAGGGUGGGGUGAGCGGGGGCUACCCGGGCCAUGGAGGCCCCAACGAUGAACGGCACGACUCUAUGGUGCCCCACAUCGCCCGGCAGGAGCCUCAGGGACAGGAGCUGCAGGCAGACAGUGGCAUGGAGAAGCUGGGCUCCCGCGGCGGGGGUAGUAGUGGAGGAGGAGGAGGAAUGAGUGGUGGUGGGGGAGGGAGCAGCCAGGGUCCCAACCCCGAGGACUUGCCCACCUACGAAGAGGCCAAGGUGCAGUCACAGUAUUUCCGGGGCCACCCGCACCACCAACAUCAACAACACCAACAUCAACAACAACAACAGUUGCCUCCGUCGGUGGGCGCUGCGUUUUACGUGACAGCUGCAACCAACAACGGCAAGGUGCGUACGGAGGGGCGUCCAACGGUGCAGCGGCUGAGCACCGGGGGCAAAGUGCAUCAGGACGACGGACUUAAGGACCUGAAGCAGGGUCACGUACGUUCCCUCUCUGAGCGCCUCAUGCAGCUCUCGUUGGCCACCAGCGGGGUCAAGGCCCACGCCCCCAUCACCAGUGCCCCCCUUUCCCCCCAGCUUCCCCCUCCAGGUCCCCCGGGGGAUUACUACAAGCCCUCAGGCCAGCACCGGGGCCCCCCACCUGACUACCCCUUCAAGAACAUGGGCUCCCCUUCCAAACAGCAGCCGCAGCAUCAGGAGCAAGGAGGGCACUAUUACCAGGAGCAUCGGCCCAGGGACCAGGGCAGGAACGAGGUGCCACACGUCCGCUACCAGCCUCCACCAGAGUACGGCUCCUUCAGAUCCAAUAAGGAGAGCUCGGUCCACUCCCAGAGAUCUGUCCAUCACCACAGCCCCACCUCCUCUGUCACCUCUGUGGGCUCUCUGUCCCGAGCCCAGUCCUCCACCCUCAAUAGUCUCCUCAGUGCCUCUCACCCAUCCCACACACCCCCCCACCCCCAAGGGGAUCCUUACUCCUCCAUGGGCCCCCGCAGCCCCCAGGGCCCUGGAUCACACCAGGGAGACCUGUACUGCCCUGGGGCCAUUCACCCUCCACUUCAGAGGGGCCACGGCUUCCCACACGACCCCUACGGCUCCACCUCCAGGAUGCACCACCAGCAGCAGCACCACCACCAAUUUCAACAACAGCAACAACAGCAGCAGCAGCAACAACAACAACAACAGCAGCAGCAACAACAACAACAACUCCAGCACCAACAGUACCACUCCCAGUCAUCCCAGGGCCACCCUCCCCAGCACUACCCCCACCCCCAGGGGGACCCCUUCGCCAUGAUGGCACGCGCCCAGCAGAUGGUGGACAUGCUGUCAGAAGAGAACAGGCUGCUCAAGCAGGAGAUGGUGGUGUGCUCUGAUAAGGUCAACAAGCUGCAGAAGUUGGAGACAGAGAUCACAUUGGUUUCGGAGGCCUACGAAAACCUGGCCAAGUCAUCCACUAAAAGGGAGGCUCUGGAGAAGACCAUGAGGAACAAGCUGGAGCUGGAGGUGCGCAGGCUGCACGACUUCAACAGGGACCUCAGAGACAAAGAGACGGUGCGUGAGAAGGAGAAGCUGGAGAUAGAGCUGAACGCCCUGCACUCCACCACGGACGACCAGAGACGACACAUUGAGAUUAGAGACCAGGCUCUCAACAACGCCCAGGCCAAAGUAGUCAAACUAGAGGAGGAGCUGAAGAAGAAGCAGGUGUAUGUGGAGAAGGUGGAGCGCAUGCAGCAGGCCCUGGCCCAGCUCCAGGCUGCCUGUGAGAAGAGAGAGCAGCUGGAGCACCGCUUACGCACACGGCUGGAGAGGGAGCUGGAGUCACUGCGCAUGCAGCAGAGACAAGGUGGCUCCCAGAGCAGCAGCAGUGGUCAGGAGUACAGUGCCACGGCCCUGAUGGAGCACCUGAGGGAGAAGGAGGAGAGAAUCCUGGCUCUGGAGGCAGACAUGACCAAGUGGGAGCAGAAAUACCUGGAGGAGAGCGUUAUGAGGCAGUUUGCCCUGGACGCUGCCGCCUCUGUCGCCACCCAGAGGGACACAUUGUCGUCGGUGAUAAGCCACUCCCCCAGCAACAGCUAUGAGCAGCAGUUGUCAGUGGAGGCUCGUAUCCAGAAGGAGGAGGAGGAAAUCCUCAUGGCCAACCGCCGCUGUCUAGACAUGGAAAGCAGGAUCAAGAACCUGCACGCCCAGAUCAUAGAGAAGGAUGCCAUGAUCAAGGUGCUCCAUCAGCGUUCCAGGAAGGAUCCCAACAAGGACCGGGACGCCCAGGCCAUCAUGCGGCCCUCCAAGUCCCUGAUGUCCAUCGCCAACACAGGGGGCUCGGGCCUGCUCUCCCACAGCCUUGGCCUCAGCAGCUCACCCAUCACAGAGGAGCGCAAGGACAGCAGCUGGAAGGGCAGCCUGGGAGUUCUGUUGGGUCCAGAGUACCGUACUGACUCUCUGAGGACAGAGUCCAUCUCGUCAUCUCCCUCUCCGGUCCUGCCCCUGACAGGGGGUCACUCUAAGACAGGCAGCAGGGACAGCUGCACUCAGACAGACAAGGGCCAGAGCCAGGGUCAGGGGGCUAGCAGCAAGCCCAGCACCCCAGCCCUGCAGAGCAUGACCCUGCCAAGCCGACUCUCCAGCCCCAGCCCUGUUUACAUACCAGACCGCAUCGCAGAUGUGCCUGUGUUCCAUAGCAGUACCCUGGAGAGGCGCGCCCCUGUGCAGUCCCACCCCCAGCCCCCAUCAGCCUCCCAACAGGAGUUGGACAACGACAUGGUGGAGGUCCUCAUCUGAACCUCAACCCCUGACCUCUGAACCGUGGCCUCUAUAGGUCACAGGACAGGACGGGAGGACAAUGUGUGUUUGUGCUCUAUCAACACACUCACACACUAAACACCUUCAUACACACACUUUCAAAAUAGGUGAAGGAUUACUUAUUUUCAUUUAAAAAAAAUAUAUGUUUGGUGUUUAAAUAGAUGUCUGGUGUUUAACUAGGGUGUGUUAAAAUGCACUAUUUUUCUAGAUGUGUUUUUAAUGAACAAUACCGUGUUUUAAUUAAUACCACGUACAGUUUGAGUCGGGAGGUUUUAGUGUCAUCAGAAUGAUCAGUUAACUCUCUUGUACAGUGUUGCUGGAGGCUAUUGGUUAACUAGCCCCCUUGGACCAAAUUUAUUGGCUACCAUUCAUUGCAUUUAUUGCACUACUUAUUUUUCUGAGUGUGUUUCAAAACGUUCUUUUUUUAACAUUUAGUCUGACUUAGGUAUUCUUAUUUAUGUGUGGUAGUACAUUAUUUACCAAUGUUAGAUGUGGCACUUGGGUAAUCAAAGAUAUAUUGUAAACUACAAAACAUUAUUUUAACCUGUAAAUACUGAUUUUAGAUACUGUGUGUAUGGCAUGUGUAUCAUUUAACUGAACCGAAUGGAAUAGGUUUUUAGAAGCCAUUCAGUUACAUGGCACUGCCAGCCAAGGACCACAAUGCACUCUUUAAAGUAUUGGGGGCCCAGCCUCACAUGUCACAGUGGAGAACAUAGGGGAGUGAGAAUCACACCUUUCUACUGUGGUCCAAUGUGCUGCAUGUGUGACCCCACUGGAUGGGAUCAGUCUCUUUGAAGUACAGUAUAAGAGUUUUGGUGUUCACCAAUGUGCCUAUGCUUCAGUUAUAAGGUUCUCCACCAUACCUGUUAAGUGUAAUUCAUUCCAGUCUAGCUGGGUUUGGUUAGGGUCUUCCGCCCAGACUUGCUUCAAAUUAUUUUAGGCCUAAAAUAGUCCGUUGGGAUUUUAACUUCUAGUUUAUGCAACGAUCAGACAUUCUGGUAAUUACCUGUCCUUCUAAUUUACAAGCUUGAUUGGCAUUGUGUAUAUACAGAGCAUUUGAAAGUAUUCAGACCGCUUGACUUUUUCCCCCAAAAAUUACAUUACAGCCUUAUUCUAAAAUGGAUUAAAUUGGUUUUUUCCCUCAUCAAU